AUGAGUAAGAUACCGCGUGACACGUUAUUCGAGUGCGUAAACGAAGUGUUGAAAGCGUCCAGGGAGAAGAAGCGAAAGUUCCGGGAGACAGUGGAGCUGCAAGUGGCGCUCAAGAACUACGACCCGCAGAAAGAUAAGCGUUUCAGCGGAUCUGUACGGCUCAAGAAUAUCCCGAGACCAAGCAUGAAGGUGUGUGUGCUGGGCGAUCAGCAGCACUGCGAUGAGGCGAACGCAAAUGGCAUCCCAUGCCUGAAUGCCGAUGAUCUAAAGAAGCUCAACAAGAACAAGAAGCUAAUUAAAAAAUUGGCAAAGGGCUAUGAUGCAUUUUUGGCCUCGGAAGCCCUGAUCAAGCAAAUUCCGCGCAUCCUUGGGCCAGGUCUGAAUAAAGCCGGUAAGUUUCCCAGCGUUGUUUCGCACUCCGAAGCGCUAACGGCCAAGGUUGAGGAGAUCCGUUCGACAAUCAAAUUUCAAAUGAAAAAGUCUCACUGCCUAGAGUGUUAA